CACACGGCAGAAGAAAUAGCUAAACUGAAUGGUCACGACGAGUGUUAUCAGUUGCUGCAUAGCCUUCGUGAUUCAGUGGGCAGUGUGGGGCUUGGUUCUUCCUCUUCUCCUCAAAGACCACUGAGAUCGAACUUUCCAAAUGAAUCAUCUUCGUCCUAUCACGAACGAGAAGUCAAUCAGGGGCCUAGGCAGACUACUUCAGCUAAAUCCAAGAAACCCGAAUUUCAGACUGUCGAUCGGAAGCCCUGGCGCCUGAGUGAUGUCCUGGGCGAGGAUACUGGCGACGAUGUGGGAGAUCAGGACCAGCGAACUGCCGUCUGUUCCGUUGAGGAUGCAAGCGAGUCAGCGAACCAGCCGAAGUUAUGUGAAGAAGAUGUUGGUUAUGAGGAGGUGGAGGAAGAAGCAACAGAAACCUCAAGGCCACGGCUCGUACCGCGGAAGUCGGCGACAGAAAAUCGGGUUGUCAGCCUGUCGGGUUCGGUUGUGGGCGUGACCGGUCCACCAGAUGCUGUCAAGAGCUCUAUAUCCUCACCCACCUCGUCAGCCCCAAAGAAAAACACUCAGUCGUGGGAAGCUGAACGCGAAUACACACGAAACAUAACAUUGGAAUCUACCGAUUUGCAUGCAACUGCAUUAAAGACGCCUGUUUCGUCCAUGAAACCGGAGACCGAUGAAGAGGAGGAUAGUUGGGCUAGCGAUGACACCGAAAACAAUGAGGCAAAGAAGCGUUGUGAAGCAGUUGCCAAAGCCAUAGCUCAAAAGCGCUUGGCUCAGACAAUUGAAAGUUCUUCGGAGGAGGAAAAACCCUCAAGGAAGAAGGAACCAGAAUAUCAAACAGAUUCCGACUGCGAUAAAUCAGAUUGGGAUAGCAAUAACAGCGCAAAGGGUCCCCAACCGGCGACAAUGGACACAAAUUCUGCCUUUGCGCGCGUUCGCCAGCAAUUGAGAUUUUCCCUUGGGUUGGAUCAAUCUGAGGAAGAGGAAGAGGAAAAGCAGCAGGAGGAAAAACCUGGAGUAAAGGAUAUUGUUGUGCACUCCUCACCCAGACUUGCUUCAAAAACAGCCCUAGAAAGACCAGCUUCCAAUCAAAGCCCCUGGGAUUCUUCUGACUCUGAAAUUGCCUCGGGAAAAGAGGAUGUAGUAACUCCCCGACCUCCCAAUGCUGGAAGCUUGUGGUUAAAAUCUUCUCCCGGGUUUCAGCAGGCUGAAAAAACUAAGUUACCACUACCAGAAAACAAACCCAAGCCCCCUACACCUGAGGUUGACGACCGGUGGGACUCCUCAUCCACGUCGGAUGGUGAUGAAAUUCCCAUGUUAGGCGACGAGGUCACCUCCGAGCAGGAUGAUUGGAAAUCCAAACCAACGGUCAAAGUACCGUCUCCAACUGCGGCGAAAAGUGACGCUAUCGGUGUCAGUACAGCUGACAAACCCGUGACGAAUCUAAUGCAGGCAAUAGACUAUGAAGACGAGGAGGAAAUGGCUCCAUACGUUGAACGUUCGAGCAAUAGAGACGUCCAUGCUAUGUCGGUUCAGAUGACCGUGUCUAGGACACUGUCGACAGGUUUAUACCGUUCUCAAGGAUAUGAGAGCGAUGAGGCGGGUGCGGGUCUGUCGCCUAUCGAGGAAAGAACGGAGGACUGUUUUAGUUUCGCAUCGAACUCAUCGCACUCAAAGAAAGAGGAAAAUGCUCAUCAGUCCGUCUGCUUGUCACCUGGUACCCCUUUAUCUGCUGAGCCUCUGUACGUCAACGCAGAAUGGUUAAAGCAGUUCUCUGAGGGUGAUUCUACGGGUACCGGAAUAGCAAACCUGCCUUCGGAAUCUCGGUCUCUUAAAAUCACACAAACUGUUGUCACAGACACGGACGUCAAGCAAAACCAAUCUUCUGGAUUUGAGAAAAGUGCCGGAAAACAUAUCGCGGACGUCGAGGAAACUUCCUCAGUCGUGUGUUUUGAGGAGAAGUUGGUUCAAGCUCUGCGAGCUCUGGAGCGGGAACACCGUGCGCGACAGAAGGUGGAGGUGGAACUCGACAAGGCCCGCACUCAACUUGCCGAAGCCGUCCUGAAGGCAGAGGCCACGACCAGCGAGGAAUCCACUUCUGUUCCGAAGGAUGUCUCAGAAAUUACGGCCGAAUGCAAUUUACUCCGAAUGAAACUGAAUGAAGAAACUGACCAUCGUCAAAGCCUGGAAGCUGUUUAUGAAAAUUUGAAGAAACAGCUCAUCGCAAAAGAGGAGGAAUUGUAUAGAUCCCGGUCCCAGUGUGUGGACUUGGAAAUGGAAGUCAGCCAAGCCAAAAUUCGCCUUAAGUCAGCACGGGCUGACUACGAACGGGGUGAGGUGCAUCCCCCAGACGAGGGUGAAGACAGCGGCAACUUUGUAUCACGCGACUUUGCGAGAGCGCCUUCGGUUUUCUCCGUCGAGGCACCCUCGGUGGCUCGCCGUAACUAUGUACCAGAUGGCGGUCCUACGCUGCAUAUCAAUAAUCUCCGGGAGCUCAUCACAGCUGAGAAGUCCCGAUUGAAAUAUCAGACUGAUGAGAUGCACGACCAGUUACAAGAACUGCACUCCCUCUUCAAAAACCUUACUGAAAAAUUAGUUCGCUGUAGUGUCGAUGACUCGAGCGCGGAUCGGUCGAAACUGCUUGAAAUUGAACUUCGCUUUCAGACUACUAAGGAGGGGUUGGAAUUCUACAAGGACAAGUGCAAUUCUCUGGAAGGAAAAUUGGCAGAGUCGGAAAAUAUAAUUGAAUCGGAACAACGGCAGUUGGAAAAGCUGGAAUCGGAGCUUAGGGAAGUGUUGCGGGAACAGAGCCAAAAGGAGGAGGAUAUAACCGACACCGAAGAAUGCUUUUUGGCCAAAAAGAAGGCUCUACUAAAGACAGCCAAUUUGCCACCCUCGGAAACAGACUCAGCCUUUGUGGUGGAACAAUUCCUUAUCGAGCGUCUCCUCUUGCGGACCCGAGCGGAACACGAGGCCGUUUGUUUGGCUACUGAAAGACAGGCGGAACUACUUCGGGUAAAGGCCGAACUGGCUCAACUGUAUAAAAUGAAGGACAACUCGCAUCAAAAUGGAAGUUCUCAGACAACCGCCAAUGCACCCGUCGUCCCGCCAAUGACCGCAAGUGCUGGGGACGAAGCUGGUGUCUCUGCGACUGCCAACGAGCCUUUCCCUCAGUGGCAAUCUGAAUGCAUGUGUCCUCAGGCCCCAAUCGGUUCCUUUGAAAAUGUCAGUACCCCUCUUCUACGCUUGACCUUAAGCUGCAUUUCGGCCGCCUUUUGCCAAUAA